AGAAGAACAAAAUAUACGAGAACAAGAACAACAAGAACAAUAAGAGCAGCAAAAAUAACAAGAAAAACGAAAAGAAGAAGAAGAAGAAGAAAAAGAAAAAAAAUAAUUAACAACCUAAUAAAGUUUCUUUUAAUUAUUAAGAAAAAUGUUGGCCAUGGUUGUUCGAGGUGUUUUCCUCGUCGGUAUUCUAUCUUUAUACAGCGUGAGUUUAUGGAAAAUGAUUGACGGCUUUUUCAAGGAUCGCUUUCAAAAUUAUCUCCAUGAGGAAUUUAAGAAAAAUCCCACAAUGCGUGCGGAUUUAAAUAAAUACGCAGCGCUCAAGGCCAACAAGAGGGAAAAUGAUUUUAUCAACAUUGAGAAUUUGCCAUCAGCGCCAAGUAUGAGUGAACGUGAAUUUGACGAAACUCACCUAUCACAGUCGGGAUCUGUCGAUAUUUUAACAACUGCCGCCACCUUCUUGGAAAAUAACAAUCCCAAGAUCACUGAGCAAAACACUCUUCUCACAAUAUCAGUCGAUGAUAAUAAUAAUGCUUUCCAAGAAUCUCACGAACUGCAAGCAAAGCGAAAUCCAAAUCCAAUGAAGACGAGAACAACAACCACCACCACCACCACAACCGGAAAUCACGAGCAAUCUUCCGAAAGAACAAAGAAAAAUGGUGAGAUGAAUGAUGGAGAACAUGGUUCAUCAUUAGAUUCAAGAAGAAUUGAGAGUGAGAAGAGAAGAAAUAAAGGGGAGAAGACGAUAAGACAGAAACGUGGUUCGUUGUUGCAAUUAGAGAGCAAUAAGAAGGAAUCAAAAAAACGUAAAUACGUACCAAUUACAUUUAGUGAUGAUGAUUUUAGAACAGCUAAAAAAUCAUUCCAUGAGGAUGAUUUUUCGGAAUUUGAAAAUGAAGACGAGAUGCAAAAUGAACGUGAAAUUGGGGGAAUAUUAGUUUCUGAAUUACCCAUAAAACCGAGAUUUGACAUUGGAGUACAUGAAAUCGUAAAUGCUGAUGAAUUUUGUCCUCUAACCUUGGAAGAUGAGGCGACGUGUGGAAUAACUAGCAAGUGGCCUUGAAAUUCUCAUCGCGAAUAACGAUCUCUCUAAGGCAAGCUUACAAUUUUUUUUUUAUUUUUUUUAUUUUUAUUCCACGAUGACGAUUCAAAUUCAGAUUCAAAAGUCGAUUAUCAUAAAAGGAUGCAGGAUACAUUUCAUUAGGAGAACAUAUCUUCUUUAUUAUUUUUAACAAUUUUUCUAUUUUUUUCUAAUUAUUUUCU